AUGAAAUUAGGAUAUAAUGAAAUAAUGAUAACAUCAAAAUAUUUUAAUGAUAUUAAUGAUUUUAUUAAUUUAGAAAUAGGGGUUAAAAGAUUUCAAGGAAAUAUUGAACGAUUUCAUUUUAAUCCAAUUCCUUUAAAUAAAUAUUCAAGAAAAUUAUUUCCUAAUAUUGAAACAUUUCAUAUUUAUAAUAAAAAAGAUGAAAUAUUUAAAGAUGGAAGAAUAUUUAAACAAGUAAUAUGGUAUCCAGUAAAUUAUUCAAAAUAUUUAAAAAAGAAAGAAAAAUGGAGUAUAUAUAAAAAUAUUGAAUAUACAUAUCAAGAUAGAAAUACAUAUGGAACUACAAUACCAUUAGAAGUUAAAUCGCUUGGGUAUAAAUGUUUUAAAUAUUGUUCAUCAUUAACAUCAAUUAAUAUACCAACAACAAUUAAUGAAAUAGGAGAUUGUUGUUUUUAUAAAUGUAAAUCAUUAAAAUCUAUUAAUAUACCAUCACCAAUUAGUGAAAUAGGAAAUAGAUGUUUUGAAGGAUGUCCAACAUUAACAUCAAUUAAUAUACCAUCAUCAAUUACAUCAAUAGGAGAUGGUUGUUUUUCAGGAUGUUCAUCAUUAACAUCUAUGAAUAUAGAUAAUCUACAAUUUAUUAGUGAAAAAAGAAUACUUAUGAAUGAACCAGUGUUAGUUAGUAUUAAAAUACCAGAAAAUCUACAAAUAAUCAAUGGAAAGAAUAUAGAAAAGAAAGAUACUAAUGAAUUUAUUAUUCCAUCAUCAAUUACUAAAUUAGGAAAAUGUUGUUUUUAUGGAUGUUCAUCAUUAAAAUCAAUUAAUUUACCAUCAUCAAUUAAUGAAUUAGGUGAUCAUUGUUUUUGUGGAUGUUCAUCAUUAACAUAUAUUAAUAUACCAUCUUCAAUUAAUGAAUUAGGAUAUUGUUGUUUUUAUGAAUGUACAUCAUUAACAUCAAUUAAUAUACCUUCGUCAGUUAUUGAAUUAGGUGAUCAUUGUUUUUAUGGAUGUUCACCAUUAAUAUCAAUUAAUAUACCAUCUUCAAUCAGUAAAUUAGGAUAUUGUUGUUUUUGUUAUUGUUAUUCAUUAAAAUCAAUUAACAUACCAGCAUCUGUGAGUGAAAUAGGAAAUUGGUGUUUUGGUGAAUGUUCAUCAUUGACAUCGGUGAGUGUAGACAAUCUACAAUUUGUAAGUAAAGAAAGAAUAUUUAUGAAUGAACCAGAGUUAAUUAGUAUUAAAAUACCAGAUAAUCUAGAAAUAAUCAAUGGAAAGAAUAUAGAAAAGAAAGAUACUAAUGAAUUUAUUAUUCCAUCAUCAAUUACUAAAUUAGGAAAAUGUUGUUUUUAUGGAUGUUCAUCAUUAACAUCAAUUAAUAUACCAACAUCAAUUAAUGAAUUAGGUGAUCAUUGUUUUUAUGGAUGUUCAUCAUUAACAUAUAUUAAUAUACCAACAUCAAUUAAUGAAUUAGGAUAUGAUUGUUUUUAUAAAUGUGGAGUGAAGAAGAAUUAA